AUGCAUACCUUUAAAUACCGUUGGUAUCCACACUGUGUCGCCGCAGAGUCCGCUGUUUGGGUGAGAGGAGUUCGUGGCAGAGUGGACAACCGGUUGCUGGUGGUGCAGUUGACACUCUGCGCCUGCGAGGCCCUGGGUUCGAUUCCCGCCCGGUGCCCAACUUGGUUGCGUGACCAAGUUGGCCCGGGCAAAAUUCGUAGCUUACCUAGUUACUUAGUUACUUUCUUUUUUUUACUUUCUUCCUACUUUCUUCCUACUUUCUUCCUACUUUCUUCCUACUUUCUUCCUACUUCUUUCUGCUUUCUUUCUGUUCUCUUUCUAUUCUCUUUCUGCUUUCUUUCUAUUGCCUUUUUAUUGUAUUUGUAUUGUAUUUGUAUUGUUCCUCCUCUCCUCACCAACCUCGUCUUGUCUAUGUUCAUCUACUUGUUCGUCUCCGUUUCGAUCGAGUUCAAACGCGCACGGGUCUUAGCGACAAACACUUUUCUCUCUCCUCUCGCUAAACAUAUUCCUUUUACACAUUACGCAAUCCAAAUACUCUAA